AGCUCGGCGAGCUUCGUCCCGAGGCGCCUGCCCGCCGAGCCCGGGGGACAAUGCCCGGCGGGGGCCGGGCCGAGGUGCGAGUGUCGUUUGAGGACGUUGCAGUCUAUUUCUCCCCGGAGGAGUGGGCAGAGUUAGCGGAAUGGCAGAGGGAGCUGUACCAAGAUGUGAUGAAGGAGAAUUACGAGCUCAUCGCCUCCUUGGGGUGUCCGGGUGCCAAACCAGAGAUCAUUUGUCAGAUGGAGCGUGGGGAGGAGCCGUGUGUGCGGGAGCCCCAGGGCUGGAGAGAGAGGAGAGCCCCGAGCCCCUGCUCAGCAGGUGUUGGCAUCACCAUUAAAAAGGAAGAGCAGGAAGAGGGAUAUGUUGGUCAGGAAGAUCCCGAAGCCCUGGCACCGUGGAGGACCGUGUCCGGAAUAGUGGGGGAGAAGGGUCUCCAGCUCUUGGAACUAAAGAGCUGCAAGAGCGAAAGCGGGUCCCACCAGAACCCGAGAACCCAGGCCGGAGACCUUCAGGGGAGACGAACCGGGAGGGUGGCAGAGAGGCCUCAUGCGUGCCCAGACUGUGAGAAGAGCUUCAAGGACAGGACAGCUCUGAUAAUCCACCAGCGGAUCCAUACGGGCGAGAAGCCCUUUGCCUGCGCCGAGUGCGGGAAGCGCUUCACGCAGAAGCAGCACCUCACCACUCACCAGCGCACCCACACCGGGGAGCACCCCUUCUUCUGCGCCCAGUGCGGCAACAGCUUCCGGCUGAGGAAGGUCUUCCUGACCCACCAGCGGGUCCACGCAGGGGAGCUGCCCUUCACCUGCACCGAAUGCGGGAAGAUCUUCAACCACAAGCACCACCUGAUCACGCACCGCCGCACCCACACGGGCGAGCGCCCCUUCCCCUGUGCCCAGUGCGACAAGCGCUUCACCCAGAAGCAUCAUCUGCUGAGCCACCAGCGCAGCCACACGGGCAAGCGGCCCUUCUCCUGUGCCCAGUGCGGGAAGAGCUUCAAGGACAAGACACCGCUGAGCAUCCACCAGCUCGUGCACACCGGGGAGAAGCCGUUCUCCUGCGAGGCUUGCGGGAAGAUCUUCAGCCACAAGCACCACCUGGUGAUCCACCGGAGAACCCAUACUGGCGAGAAGCCCUUCACCUGCGCCGAGUGCGGCAAGCGCUUCACGCAGAAGCACCAUCUCGUCAGCCACCAGCGCAUCCACACUGGAGAGCGCCCCUUUGCCUGCUCCCACUGCGGGAGGAGCUUCAAGGACAAGAUCACCCUGAAGCUGCACGUCAGGCUGCAUACCGGGGAACGGCCCUUCGCCUGCGCCGAGUGUGGGGAGAGCUUCCGCCUGAGGAAGGUGCUGCUCACCCACCAGCGGGUGCACACGGGGCAGGCCCCGCUGAUCUGCACCGAGUGCGGCAAGACCUUCAAUCAUAUGCAGCGCAUGGCCAUGCACCAGACGAGCCACCAUGCCCGGCAAGGGCCGUUCCGGAGAGCUCAGCGUGGGGAGAGCAGCUUGGGGAGACCACAGCUCCUAUUGCCCCAGCAGGGCCAGCCUGCUGACUGCUCGGCACACGCAGCGACCUUCCAGCCGCCAGUACCCGGCGGCUUCCCCUGUGCCACAGGCAGAGUAAGUCCUGGGCCUGACAAAACACCUUCUGCACAAUUACACACAGAGCCGGCCCCGCGGGAUCGCCCAGAAGAAACCAUCUGACUGCCGAGAGCAGGGAAAGCGUCACUCACAAGCGCAGUCCGAACCCCUCCAGUCCUGUGCAAUGGGAGUCGUUAAUCCAGCAGCACCCUCAGCAGCACAGUGCCCAGGGCCGGCUCCAGGCACCAGCUUUCCAAGCUGGUCCUUGGGGCGGCAAUCUGCAA